GUGGGUAUUUAUAGGGGUUAGAGGUGUCAUUUCUCAUUAGUUACUGUCUGGAUAAAAAUGGAAGCAGGCUAGAAAUGACUGCACACUGCUUAAACCCAAAACCUUGAAACCCACCCAAAUUCACUAGUUUUGUCAAGAGUGAGAGACAUGAUUUUACCGGCGGUGAAGUUAGCAACGCUUGUGCUGAAAACCAUGUGCAAACCAGUUGCCAAUCGCCUCAAGAAGCAGGCUGGGUUGCACCCCAGGUAUCGGUUUCUCUUUUCCCUUUCUCAGGCUAAUCAUCGAUUUACAACUAAUGUGCAAAGACGGAUUUAUGGUCAUUCAACUGAUGUCGCAAUUCGUCCACUGAAUGAGGAGAAAGCUGUCCUAGCUGCCGCAGAACUUCUCGGAGAGCUCUUUGUGUUCACGGUUGCAGGAACUGCACUUAUUUUUGAAGUCCAAAGAAGUUCGGGAUCAGAAGCAAGGAAGGAGGAGCAGCGGAAACUGGAAUUACAGGCAAUGAAACAAAGAGAUGAAGAGCUGGAAAGGGAAGUUCAGCAGCUUAAGAAGCAGCUCGAACAGCUUGCAAAAGGUAGAGGAAUUGGCGGCCUUUUCAGUUUCAGGCAGGCUCAAGCUACUGGCAAUGGAAAGGAACCCAGCUUGACCCCAGAAAAAAUCAAGUAGAUAGCAGCACUACUAAACUUGGUAAAGAUCCAGAAACACAAGUAUUAUAGUCACAUUAGGGCAAGAGGAUUUAUACAAAGACGCUGAGAUGUUUGAUUUUCAAACCGCGCAUAUUCAGGGUUUUAUAUCAUUCUUGGAUUCCUCCCGAACUAUCAUGUAGUUCUGAUGAACAUCAUUAGAUUUCUUUACAAAUUGUUCAAUCGAUAGAUUGACGAUUUGAUCAUUUGGCAACUGCAAUGCUCUCUUGAAAUGGCCUGCUUCUCUCAGGUUGAUCAUUGUAAGCCCGAAAGCACAUAUGGGGGACA